AGACAAACUGUCGCCCGUGCUGGGGAGGGUAAGGAAGGCGACGUGGCAGCUUUUGCGUUGAGACUAUUGUGUGUUAUCAUUACCGUCAUUGUCUACUACAUCAGUCAUUCGGUAGUCCACCAACGCGACCUGACAUUGUUAGACUCAAAAUGGGAUUGCUUCUCGGAAAGCUGUGGGAGAGACUCUUUUCUAGCCAAGAGAUGAGAAUACUGAUGGUGGGGCUGGAUGCCGCUGGUAAAACCACCAUUUUAUACAAACUGAAACUAGGAGAAGUUGUCACUACUAUCCCAACAAUUGGUUUUAAUGUGGAGACAGUACAAUACAAAAACAUCAGUUUCACUGUAUGGGAUGUCGGUGGUCAAGACAAGAUCCGACCUCUUUGGAGGCAUUAUUUUCAGAACACUCAGGGUCUGAUCUAUGUGGUCGAUAGCAAUGACAGAGAAAGAAUACAAGAGUCAAGAGACGAGCUAAAUAAAAUGCUUCAGGAAGAUGAGUUACGAGAUGCCGUACUUCUUGUGUUUGCCAACAAACAAGAUCUACCUAAUGCAAUGUCUUGUGCAGAAGUUUCACAAGAACUCGGUCUAACAGAGUUGAGAAACAAAAAGUGGUACAUACAAGCUGCUUGUGCUACACAGAGCACUGGUCUAUAUGAAGGUCUCGACUGGCUGUCAGAUACACUGAGUAGGUCAUAAUCAAAGUAAAAGGGAGAUGAACAGACAUGCGGUUUACUGUAGCUGAAACUUGUUGUAGUUGCGUGGGUAAAUAAACGUUUACUGAUUUGGAAUCAUUCUUGUAAUGUGUCAGACAAGGUUGUCGUGCCUUGAACUUCUAGAGAUUACGGUAAAGCACAAGAACUUUCAAGUGCUAAAACAUAGAAAC